AUCUUCUCUAGUCUAGAAAUAAAAUGUGACUUAUUCUCAACUAUUUGUAUGACAUAUGCUGAGAGAUUCAUAUAGUGGUAACAUGAUUUUCAGAUUGUUAUACUUAACGAUCUUGCUUAAUCUAGCACUUUCUUUGCAAAGUCAAUGUCCUGUUGAUAUACCUGAAGCCGAAAGAAGGGAAUGCUUUCGAUGGGACAAUCCAACAAGGGAGAAAUGUCAAGCAAAAGGAUGUGUUUGGUGUGAAACUACUACACCAAAUGUUCCCUUCUGUUUUCAUAAUGACGCUAUUUGCCCUUCAACAAUACCUGAAAAUGAGAGACAAGAUUGCUUCCCAGAACCAGGUGCCGAUAGACCAAAAUGCAAUGCUCGCGGGUGUAUUUGGUGUAGAGGUUCCCUACCAAGUGUUCCUAGUUGCUUUAGAGAUGAAAGGGUUUCCCAAGGCGGUCAAAUUUGUCCCAAUGAUAUUCUAGAAAAAGACAGGAUUGACUGUCAUCCGGAGCCAGAUGCAACUGUUUCAAGGUGCUUGGGCAGGGGCUGUUUUUGGUGUCCAGGUUCUGAUGGAUCCUCUCCAGCGUGCUUUCUUCCAAAACAGCACGGUUAUAGAAUAGUAGGUCAACCUGUUGAAACUGUAAAAGGCAUAUCUGUUCAACUGCAAAGAAUUGCAAGACCAUCAUGGUUUGCAAAAUCUGUUGAUAACCUUCAAGUGAACUUUGAAUUUCAAGAAAGCACUAGAUUAAGAAUUAAGAUCUUUGAUCCCAAUAAUAAUCGAUUUGAAGUUCCCUUAAAUAUAGAAUCUUCUACCAAGGCUCCUAACCCUUUGUACGACAUCCAAUUCUCAACAGACAAUAUAUUUGCUUUUAAAGUAAUAAGGAAAACAACUGGGGAAACAAUCUGGGACACUUCAUUAAAUGGACUAACUUUUGAAGAUCAAUUUUUGCAAAUUGUAACAAAGUUAAAUACUGGGAAUAUUUACGGUUUUGGCGAACAUGAACACCAUUCACUCAGACAUUCAACCAAUUGGUUCAAACUUGGUAUGUGGGCUCGAGACGUUGCUGUUAAUGCUAGUAGAAAUUUAUACGGCGUUCACCCUUUUUAUAUUAACCUCGAACAAUCUAAAAAUGCCCAUGGAGUACUCUUUAAAAAUGCUAAUGCACAAGAUGUAACGAUAUCCCCUUCACCCGCAUUGACUUACAGGACUAUUGGGGGUGUUUUGGAUAUAUAUAUAUUCAUGGGGCCAACAAUGGAAGAAGUUCAACAACAAUAUAUGAAAGCAAUAGGAAAUCCAGUUAUGGUUCCAUAUUGGGCUCUAGGUUUUCAAUUAUGUCGAUGGGGUUAUCGAGACUUGAAGCAUUUAACCGAUGCAGUUGAUAGAAUGAGAAAAUAUAAUAUUCCACACGAUAUUCAAUAUGGCGACAUUGAUUAUAUGGAUGGCGAGAGAGACUUUACAAUCGAUCCAGUCAAUUUUGCCGGCCUUCCUGACUAUGUUAAUAAACUAAACCUUGAAGGAACAAGAUUUAUCAUUAUACUAGAUCCAGCUAUUAAAAUGGAUGAUCCUCAAGGUGCUUAUUUGCCUUUCGAGAGAGGUUUAGAAAUGGAUGUUUAUGUAAAAAAAGCUGAUGGUGUAACACCCAUUCAAGGAGAAGUAUGGCCGGGAAAAACGUAUUUUCCAGAUUAUUUUAAACAAAAUACAACUAUUUGGUGGAUUGACGAAUGUAAAAGGUUUAAGGAAAGACUAGAUUAUGCUGGAAUAUGGAUUGAUAUGAACGAACCUGCAAAUUUUGUACAUGGGUCUCCUGAUGGAUGUGCAAAUGAUGAAUAUACAUUCCCUCCUUACAUCCCAAAUAUUUUAGACAACAUGUACCAAAAGACUUUAUGUUUAGAUAGUCGAGAUUCUUUAGGUCGUCAUUAUGACACUCAUUCAUUAUACGGAUGGAGCCAAGUGGAACCAACUUACAUGUUGAGUGACAUUAACGCUGCUCGAGAAGUUACUGGUAAAAGAAGUAUAGUUUUUUCAAGGUCAACAUUUCCAGGUGCUGGUAAAUUCGGUCAACAUUGGCUUGGUGACAACUGGAGUGCUUGGAGCAAUCUACGUUGGUCUAUUAUAGGAAUGAUUGAAUUCAACUGGUUCGGUUUCCCAUACGUCGGUGCAGAUAUUUGUGGUUUUAUUGGAAAUGCAACGGAAGAAUUAUGUCAGAGAUGGCAACAGCUUGGAGCAUUUUAUCCGUAUUCCAGGAAUCAUAAUGGCCGAGAUAAUAAGGAUCAAGAUCCAGGCAUGUGGCCAGAAGUUGCUAAGACAACAAGGGAAACGCUUCACAUAAGAUAUACUCUUUUACCCUAUUUGUAUACGUUAUUCCAUAAAGCCCACAAAGAUGGAGCUAGUGUUGUAAGAAGUCUUAUGCAUGAAUUUACAAAUGAUGAUACUACUUACGAUAUUACUGAUCAGUUUUUAUGGGGUUCGGCCUUUUUAAUAUCACCAGUCCUUGACAAAAACAAGAUAUCGAUUAAAGCUUACAUUCCAGAUGCUAGAUGGUACAGCUAUUACGACGGUGGGGAAUUACCAGUAAGGAGAGGCGAAACGGAAUUAUCAGCUGCCUUAGAUUUUAUUCCAUUACAUGUUAGGGGAGGAUAUAUAUUACCCACUCAACAACCUGCAAACUCUACAGUAUUUAGCCGAGAAAACCCAAUGGGGUUGAUCGUGGCUUUGGAUGAUGAUUUUAAGGCGGUUGGAAAUCUGUUCUGGGACGACGGAGAGUCUCAAGAUACAUACGAAAAAGGCGUCUAUUUUUACUCCAAUUAUCAAGUUUCUUCAGGAAACAACUCAAGAACGCUAAAGAGUGAAAUUAUUCAAAAUACUUACAACGAGGCUAAUAGACGCUCUUUUAAUAAUAUACAAAUAUUAGGCGAAGAAUUAACUAUCAGUGAAAUUAAUGUUAACGGAGUUUCAAUUAACCCUAAUAAUUGGGAACAAGAUGGAGCAACUAAGAUAAGAGGAUCUUUAGUUAUUAAUGAAAUAUCUUCUACUUGCCAAUUUAUCAAAGAUAAUUCUAUAAGAGAAACAGCCAAUAAAAUUUUAAUGAUUAAAGUAUUUAAAAGCUUAUUAUUUAAUGAAUUAUGCGUUAAAGCCCUUGAAAAUUAUGUGGAGAAGGGCAUAACAGCUAUUCUGAUAGUUUUAAAAAAUGAGGACGAUCUAUUGAAAAGUGAAGAUGCGACAGUACUUAGAAAUGCUUUGAAAAUACCAAUUGGCUAUGUCUUCACGAAGUUGAUUGAUCAAACUUAUGCAGACCAUGACAAGAUUAUAACUUUAACAAGAAGCGGGAACUUAACGAUUAGCGCAAACUUUCCUGCAAAUAAAAGAGCAUACUAUGGAAUAAUAUCAUAUACAAGUUCAGUUACUGAUGGAAACUUAGAAACGUCAGUUACUGCAAAAUUUUCCCUAUUCUAUUCGGAUUGGUGUUAUCGAAGCUCAACGACUAAAUCAGUUGAUGACCUUGAAAAGGCGUCUUCUUGCAGUUACUACAAAAAAAAGUGCCUGGAACCUGAAAAGAUGGGUAUUAGUAUAACUUUUAAAGAUAGCUCGUCUGGUACUGCAACUGGAAAAUGUGAAUUACAAUUAGUAUCUAAAGCUGCAAAAUUUCAUUGGCUUUAUAUUCCUUGUAUGGGAACUGGUAAAAGCAUAAUAAUUACUAAUGAACACUCUAACGCUUUAAUCAUAUCGGAAAUUGAAUUCUAUUACACACAAGCCCAUCACGAGUCUACAAAAAUUAAUAAGAUUUCAACUCAAGCUCAAACUACAUUAGAAGAGGCAACUACCGGAUUCUCUGUCUCAGCAACCAAAGAUAAAACAACAUUAGAGACAACGACAGAGAAUGUCCAUUUUACGACAAGCGUUAGGGAAUCAACAACGAAAGAUCAAUCGAUGUUGGAGACAAACUUGAUAUCCUUCUGGGCGAAAAAAGAGAGAAAAUUAAAGUUAAAAUCUUAUUCCCUAAGCACAAGUAUUAUGUUAUGUUUCAAGAAAUGUCGGGAUAACAAAAACUGUAAAGUCUUUGAUUAUUCAACAAAAAAUCAAAUUUGUAAUAUUUACGUAGAUAAUGUAAAUAAUUUAAAAAAUUACGAAUCUCUAAUUGCAUAUGAAGAGAAUAGUGCAGCUUUCCUAUUAAAAAAAAUAGAGAAAUUGCCUCAAUGUUGA